AUGCCGGCGGGCGACAACGGGCGGUCGCUGGCGGACGUGAUCUCCAUCAUGGCGUCCACCUGCGCGGCGCCCGGCGACCGCGAGACGCUCAAGUACCGGCUGCUGGGAUCCCCGGGGGAGAUCGGGGACUGGGGGCACGAGUACGUGCGCAACUUGGCGGGGGAGAUAUCGUCCGAGCACCACGAGCGCCAGGCGGAGGGCAAGCCGGUGGAUGAUUUGCUGGGCCUCGCUGGGCAGAUCGUGCCCUACCACAUGACCCACAACGCCGAGCCCGAGGCGGUGGACCUGCUGAUCGAGGUGGACAGGCUGGAGCUGCUGAGCCAGUACGUGGACGCGGGCAACUGCCGGCGCACGUGCCUUUACCUCACCAGCUGCAGCUCCUACCUGCCGGAGCCGGACGACAUGGCGGUGCUGAGGACGGCGCAUGCCAUCUACCUGAAGAUGGGGCUGCAUCACGACGCGCUGAGGGUGGCGCUGUGGAUCAACGAGAAGGAGCUGAUCGACAGCACCUUCGCGGCCUGCAAGGACCCGCUCGAGAAGAAGCAGCUAGGAUACCUGCUCGCAAGGCAAGGCGUCGUCAUGGAUCUUGAGAACGGGAUCACCAUAGUCUCAGAGGAGGAGCUGCCAGCCAUGCAGGACAUCGUGAGCAACGCCCGGUUGAGCGAGCACUUUCUGGAGCUGGCGCGGGACCUGGACGUGAUGGAGCCCAAGGUCCCUGAGGAUGUGUACAAGAUGCACUUGGUGGAUGGCAGGGCGCCCUCGGGCCGUGCCAUGGACUCUGCCUACCAGAACCUUGCUAGCACGUUUGUGAACGCUUUUGUGAAUGCCGGAUUCGGCCAGGACAAGCUCAUAACUGCCCCAGCAGAUGGCGACGGCAAUCAGGUACAAUGGAUAUUCAAGAACAAGGACCAUGGCAAGACAAGUGCAGCAGCCAGUCUUGGCAUGAUUAUGAUGUGGGAUGUUGAGGGAGGCUUGACACACCUUGACAGGUACCUGUACACCACAGACCACCAUGUCAAGGCCGGGGCCCUUCUGGCCAUAGGCAUGGUUAACUGCGGGGUCCACAAUGAGCAUGACCCAGCCUAUGCGCUCAUCUUUGAGGAUGUAAACCAUGACGAACCCACAGUGCAGAUCGGCGCAAUAAUGGGCCUUGGGCUGGCAUAUGCUGGCACCUGCAAGGAAGAGAUCGAGGAACUGCUGGUGCCCCUGGUGAUGGACCCCAACAUCAGCAUAGAGUUGGCGGGUUUUGCUGCCGUUUCGCUGGGCCUUGUCUUCACAAGCACCUGCCAUCAGGAGUGCAUCGAGGCCAUCCUCCAGGCGCUCAUGACGCGCCCAGCCCAACAGCUGUCCACCCCCUUUGCCAAGAUGCUGUGCCUUGGCCUGGGCUUCCUGUUCUUGAGGAAGCAAGAGGUGGUGGAGGCAACCCUGGAGAUUGCCAAGACCCUUAAUGAAGUAAUUUCCAAGUACUGCCAGGUGGUGCUUGACACUAUGGCAUAUGCCGGGACAGGAAAUGUUCUCAAGGUGCAAGAGCUUCUUGCACUUUGUGGCGAGCACAUUGAGACGACCUCAAACUCUGGCUGGAAGGUUGCCCACCAGGGGCCUGCAGUCCUGGGCGUGGCCCUGCUUGCCAUGGCAGAGGACCUUGGUGGACGAAUGGCCCACAGGGCGCUAGAACACCUGCUGCAGUAUGCUGAGCCUUCUGUGCGGUCUGCCGUCCCCCUGGCGAUCGCCAUGCUCAAUGUGUCCAACCCCGACAUCUACCCCACAGAUAUCCUCAGCCGGUUGAGCCAUGACUCGGAUGGGGAGGUGGCCAAGUGCGCCAUCGUGGCCCUUGGGAUCAUCGGUGCUGGGACGAACAAUGCUCGCCUGGCAGGGAUACUCAGGAAUCUGUCAUCGUACUACUACAAGGACCAAAAGAUGUUGUUCCUGGUCCGGGUCGCGCAGGGGCUCGUGUACAUGGGCAAGGGUCUCAUUUCAGUCAGCCCCUAUCAUACAGACAGGCAGCUGCUCUCAGGUGUGUCCCUCGCUGGGCUGCUGUGUGUCCUGUACGCAUGCUUCGACAUCAAGGAGACCCUCACAGGCAAGCACCACUACAUCCUGUACUACUUGGUCACGGCCAUGAAGCCCAGGUACCUGAUGACCCUGGACGAGGCUGGCAAGAUGCUGCCUGUGCCAGCGCGGGUGGGCACUGCUGUCGAUGUUGUUGCACAGGCUGGCAGACCCAAGACGAUCACAGGCUUCCAGACACACACAACGCCAGUACUGUUGGCCGUGGGCGAGCGGGCUGAGUUAGCCACUGAAAAGUACAUACCCCUGUCGCCCAUCCUGGAGGGCUUGGUGAUUUUGAAAAGGAACCCAGAGUAUGUGGAGAGCAACGAGUGA